AUGAACUCUUCGAGCGACGCCGAAAAUGGGGGCAGCGGUGACCCAAGUAAGGAAGAGUGCGAGAGGCUAAUCAAAUCGACUACAUUCAUCAAUGGCGCAAAGACCUUCGAGUGCUCCUCCGGCAUGGCGCCAGUCGAUAGCAUUCAAAACAGCAGCGAUGGGGUUGAAAUAUUCCUGAGCCAUAACAAACUGUCAGAUCACGUCAAGGGUGUUAUGGGUCAAGUGAAUGAUUACUUCACCAAAAAGAUAAAAGAGGAGAAGGCCAAAUGA